UCAUUGGUAGUGUUGCUAGCAGAAUAGUAGUGCAGCUUCCUACAUAGGGUCUUCAUAAAAAAAUAACCAUGGCGGCCACUGAAAUAGCUCGGCAAGCGGGAGAAGGUGCUCGUGCCGUCCCUCUAGCCGGCCAUGUCGGCUUUGAUAGCAUGCCCGACCAGCUGGUCAACAAGUCUGUCAACCACGGCUUCUGCUUCAACAUCCUCUGUGUCGGGGAAACGGGCCUGGGCAAGUCCACUCUUAUGGACACCCUGUUCAACACCAAGUUCGAGGGCGAGCCCACCCAGCACAACCAGCCGGGCGUGCAGCUCAAGUCCAACACAUACGAGCUCCAAGAGAGCAACGUGCGCCUCAAGCUGACCGUGGUCAACACUGUGGGCUUCGGAGACCAGAUUAACAAAGAGGACAGCUACAAGUCUAUUGUUGAGUUUAUCGACACCCAGUUCGAGGCCUAUCUGCAGGAGGAGCUGAAAAUCAAGCGCACGCUACAUAGCUACCACGACACACGCAUCCACGCCUGCCUGUACUUCAUCGCGCCCACCGGACACUCCCUCAAGUCCCUGGACCUGGUAACUAUGAAGAAACUGGACAGCAAGGUCAACAUCAUCCCCAUCAUUGCCAAAUCUGACGCUAUCUCCAAGAGCGAGCUGACCAAGUUCAAGAUCAAGAUCACCAGUGAGCUGGUCAGCAACGGCGUUCAGAUCUACCAGUUCCCCACCGACGACGAGACGGUGGCAGAGAUCAACUCCACCAUGAACGGCCAUUUGCCGUUUGCCGUUGUGGGAAGCACGGAGGAAGUAAAGAUCGGCAACAAGAUGGUGAAAGCGCGGCAGUACCCCUGGGGAACGGUGCAGGUGGAGAAUGAGAACCACUGUGACUUUGUGAAGCUGCGGGAGAUGCUGAUCCGGGUAAACAUGGAGGACCUGCGGGAGCAGACACACACGCGCCACUAUGAGCUCUACCGCCGCUGCAAGCUGGAGGAGAUGGGAUUCAAGGACACGGACCCCGACUGCAAACCCUUCAGUCUGCAGGAGACGUACGAGGCCAAGAGGAACGAGUUCAUGGGUGACCUGCAGAAGAAGGAGGAGGAGAUGAGGCAGAUGUUCGUCCAAAGAGUCAAGGAAAAGGAAGCCGAACUGAAGGAGGCCGAGAAAGAGCUGCACGAGAAGUUUGACCGGCUCAAGAAGCUGCACCAGGAUGAGAAGAAGAAGCUGGAGGACAAGAAGAAAUCCCUGGAUGACGAGCUCAACGGCUUCAAGCAGAAAAAGACGGCCGCCGAGCUCCUGCAGUCCCAGGCCCAGCAGGCAGGGGGCUCCACCACACUCAAGAGGGACAAGGAGAGGAAAAAUAAUCCCUGGCUCUGCACUGAGUAGGUGCUUCCACCCUCAAGCUUUGCUAAGGGACCAGGCUUUGUACCCCAAGGCUGAGGAGAGGCAUUGUGAACCCACCCUUCUGGGUUAAAAAAAAACAAACAUUCAUCUGCUUUAUGUAUUAACAAAAGGAUACCCCUAUCUGUAUUUCAUUGCUGCUCUAUGUGCUCACUCUGUGGCUAAAUCUGUCUUUUGCAUAUGGUUAUGCUUUUUUGUCAUGUCGUGUUCUUGCUGUGCUGACUGACUAAUAUCACCAUUUGCUUUUUGCUUCUGUAGGGAUAGAUAUUUUCUGGACUGUUUUUGUUGUGCACUUCUUGGUAGUUUUUACAUCAUUAUUAGGUUUAAGAUUGUCUGUUUGAUUUAUUAACUGACACUGAAUACCUUUUUUUGUAUUUACAGAGGACAUAAUAUCUGCUGCAAGCAGUUCUCAUAAGCAAUUUAUUCAAUGUUUUAAAUCUGUAUUAUGCUCAAAGUGAAUUGGUCAGCUCAAGUACUGUAGUAUUGUAUUAUAUGAGUAGUUUUUUUUAGCUUACCACACAGACAUUGCAUUUGUAACAGAGUUAGUGUCAUUUGAAGUACAGUAGCAACUAUACAUGCGUUAGGAAAACCCAAAUACGUACUGUCUUCCUUCCCAAAAUGUCAGUAAUCCUUCUGAUAGGCACUGUUGCUCUCCCUGGCUGCUUGGGCAUCUCUUGUAACCUUGCAUUUGUCUCCUUUCUCUCUAGCUUCUUUUAAUCUGUCUUGGCCACCUGUCUGAAGAGGGGAUUGCAGCUUCAACAAGAACUAAGCACCCAUUUCCUCUUCCUGUCUUUUCUCACUGCAUCAACCUUUUUUAACUUCCAUCUCAUCUGCUUUGUUGAACAUGGCCGUAUGUGGACUUCACAUGGUAUUUUUUGGAUAGUUUACCUUUUGCCACCUAAUCAAGGUACACUUUGGCAAGUGGGAGUCCUUCACUGAUAAUAUUUUUGCAGAUCUGUCUUGGUGUAUGAGUGAACAAAGCUUUGUUCAGGUGCUCAGGUAGGAUUCUAAACAGUUGUUCAAGAGAAAAACAUUAAACAAAUAGUUUCAUCAUACCAUAUGUGGCAGAGCCAAGGCUCUGGAUGAAUUUAUAUUUUGCAUAAAACUAUCAGAACUUAAUUGACAGUACAUUUUAAGAAAGUCUUUAUGUAAUAAUGUUCAAUCAUAUAUUCAGUCCAUUUUGAGAAGGACUCUGUUUUGAAAUAACCAUUACUAUUCCAAAUAGCCUAUUAAUGUGCUCAUCACUCAAAAGGGGUUAUGAUUUUUUUUAUUUAACUAGGCAAGUCAGUUAAGAACAAAUGUUUAUUUACAAUGACGGCCUACCCCGGCCAUAGCCUAACCCGGACGAUGCUGGGCCAAUUGUGCGCCGCCCUAUGUGACUCCCAGUCACGGCCAAUUGUGAUACAGCCUGGAAUUGAACCAGGGUCUGUAGUGACACCUCUAGCACUGAGAUGCAGGGCCUUAGACUGAUGCACCACUCGGGAGCCCCUAUGAAUACAAAUAGCACAACCCAGAUCUCAAUAAAGCACUGAUAAACCCGACAUAUUCAAUUGGUGAUUGAUAGUGUGACGUCUUGCGUGUGAGUAGUAGAAACUUUUGUCAAUACGGAUUUAAAAACCAUAGGACAAUUGCGAUCCAAAUAAAUACAGUAUUCUUUGUUCACUGCAUCGGUUGUUUCAUUGGAACUUAGAAGAGCCAAAGACAUGUUCAUGUCAAGCACUUAUUUAGUGAAAACACCUUUUCCAUGCUGAAAUACCAUGUAGGUCACAUUUAAUGCCCUUUACGCAUUGUGCUUUAACUACCAUCAGUCUAUUCCGUAUUUUGCAUGUCUUAUGCUCUUUUUUUAUUUCAUCACCUCUGUGAUCUUGACCUUAUGCUCCCCAUUGUACUUUCUCCCCUAACAGUUCCGUUUUGCACUCUUUCACAUUUGAUGCUCUAUUGUUUGGACCAGUUUUAUCUUGUUUAUUACUAGUUGUUAUGUGCAGUUAUACCCCUCUCCACAAUUUCCGGCACCCAUAUUGCCAAAUAUUACAAUGAGAUGGAGUUGAAUUCUAGAUACAGAUAGAUACUCAUGCAUUUGUAUAAUUUAUAAGGAUAUAUUUUGUGUAUGGAAGUGGAGACCUGUUUAUGAAAUAUGACCUUUGGACGUGACUCUUCUCUCUGUGUAAAGUUACAUUUUGGUUAUAAGAAAUUGUCAUACAUUUUACUAGCAUCUGCCAUAAUCACCCCUCCUAGUCAAUUACCUGUCCACACCACAAAUUAAUGAUAAAAUAUGUGAUUGUAGUUUGAUUCCAUUUAUGUAAAUUUUCAAUAAAAUUAUGAUGAUAAA